AUGCAUAAACAUACUGGCCAGAGGAAGAUAUCUCCUCCGGGGCCGUCGUUCAUGUCCAAUGAUCAAGUUGGUGAGUGGUUGUCUCAUGUUCAACUGCUCGCAACAUACUUGAAGGACCUACGGGCAAACCGUCCUGCCCGUCCGACCGGAUCCCGCCCUUACCCUGGUAGAGCAGCUGCGUCAACGAGUUCGGUGCCCGAUAAUCCCCCAAGGGCAUCCUCGGCAUUUUCCAUGCACAGGCCGGUUGAAGAUGAAAUCAAAGAUCACCCUCGUCCAGGCAGUGCGAUGUCUCAUCGUCGGGCAAAUUCCUAUGUGCCUGGCGGCGGCGCAAUGGGUCGUCCUUUAGCCCAGGAACCACGUACGCAUUCAAUCCGAAAGAACGUAUUUCCGGCACAAAUACAAUCGCGAAUUAUCCCCAUCCCAACAUCUCCAACCCUAUCUUAUCGGGAAAAUGGUCAACGACGACAUGAAAAGGAAGAGGCACGGUUAUUACGAGAUGCCUUGCAGAACAUGGAUGUGCAGGACGAUAUUGGUCUUCACCAAGCAGCCCAAGAUGAGGCUACAGAGCUAGUUUGGAUGCACCAGAACCCUGGGAAAUCUUUCAAGAACCCGUAUGCGCCAUACCACAAUCCCGAUGCCAACCGACGCAGUGAGAGCCCUGUCCGGAGUCCUGUCCGGAGCCCUGUCCGAACUGGUUCACGGGGGUUUGGCUCCCCAACUCACAAAUUCAGUCAAUCAACUGGCUCGUGUAUGUCUGAUGCUGGUAGCUCCAGCCCUGAAUCAAUUCAGAAGCGAUCAUCUCUGGCUGGACCUUCGAAGAAGAAUCUCAAAGUCAACUUUAAGCUACCUGACGAAGAGCCCGAGCCGCCUGUUGAGCCCAGGCCGCCCAGUGUCAGUAGUGACUCUUCUAAAGGAAUUUUUAGGAAUCCCAAUGACCAAAUCUAUGAAGAGCCUGUUGAUGUUCAGAAGCAGCAUAAAGAAAAGCCUACUUUUUCUAAGUCCGACUCUUCAGCUUUGAAAAGCAAACCGCGCAACGCUUUGGGACGCAUCCCUAGACCAUUGCCUUGGUUGCAGAAUAGAGUCCACAGUAGCCCUGUGAUGGAUAAAAUCUCGCGAUUCGAAUCCCAAAAGACCUCUCCAACUCAGCCGCGUAAUGCCGACUAUACUCGAAACGGAAGCGCUACUCCCCCUCCCACCCAGUCCCAUAACGCUGGCUACACUCGGAACGAGAGUGCUUCUCCUACUCCGCCUCCAUCUGAAGACAAGAACGAAAGUUUCCCCACCAGCGAGGGAAAAGAAAGACGAAGUGAUGAGAUCCGUGCAGCUACUAGCAAAAGAAGAGGAGAUCGGAGUGAGAAGCUACCAAUGCCUUCAGCCGUCAGUGAUCGGGUUGGACGCCCAAUUGUGAGCUUUGACAAAACAUGGCAACCAACUAAUGAGCCAAAGCCUGAGCGUCCAAGCCUCCCUAUCAUUGAGGUAGCAGCGCCGGCCAUUGAAGUCUCAGCCCCCUCAAUUGAGGUCUCCGAGGCUCCUUCCAUCCCCGUGAUCAACAUUCCCGAUAUCAAAGUACCAACGAUUUCAGAGAUAGAGGCAUCCUCUAAACAAGCGAACAAAACAAUGCCUCAGACAGCAAGAAAUAGCCCGACUAAACCGGGUUCCACGAGAAAACAGGGAUCCGAAAUGCAGAAUCGUUGGUAUUCGCCCUAUAUACGAUCUGGUGUCCCAACUGCAAGCUGUGAACUAUGUUCGCUUGGCAUUUCCGGAAAAAUUGUGACCGCUGGCGGAUGUCGAUUCCACCCUGAAUGUUUUACUUGUUUCCACUGCCACACAGCCCUCGAAUGCGUGGCUUUCUACCAAGAACCCGAGGCUAGCAGAGCCGAGAGACUCGCAACUGGGGUUGAUGACCGUGAUGCCCGUGUGCCCCGGUUCUACUGCCAUUUAGAUUUCCACGAGAUGUUCAGUCCCCGCUGCAAGAGUUGCAAGACCCCUAUAGAAGGAGAAGUGGUGGUGGCAUGCGGUGCCGAAUGGCAUGUCGGCCACUUCUUCUGCGCAGAGUGCGGUGAUCCUUUUGAUUCCCAAACGCCCUUCGUUGAGAAAGAUGGAUUCGCAUGGUGUCUCCACUGCCACUCACGCCGUACUGCACCACGUUGCCUAGGCUGCAAGCAGCAUGUCCUGGAUGAGGUUGUCAUCACCGCAAUCGGCGGCCAGUGGCAUGAGCACUGCUUCAACUGCUACGAAUGUGGCGAAGGAUUCGGCCCUGAGGGUCGAUUUUUCGUUCGUGAAGGGGAGCCUAAACGGACAGCCAAGGGUCGCAUCAUCGGCGGCCCGGUUCAAUUGGCCAUCUGCGAGAGAUGUGAAGGCAUCCGCCUCAAGGCGCCUGGGAUGUGCUAG